AUGAAACCAUACCUCCCGAGACCAAUACUGUGCUUCCGCUGCCACGGUCUCGGCCACAUGACCGAUGUCUGUCCUAACAAGGAGCGCCGCUGCGGGAAGUAUGGACACGCACAUGAAGACAUGGAGGAAUGCGAACGAGAACCGCAGUGUAGAAACUGCGGCGGACGCCGUGUGGCAUUCAGAAGUGAAUGCCCCAAGAGACAGAUACCCAAGAACAAGACCAGUCAGCGGCAGCGAUCGCAACAAGGAAGGGCAAACUACGCGGCGGCGGCCAAGCUAGUACCAACCCCUCCAAUAAACCAAAAAGACAUUAAAGGAAAUCUUCAGGAAGUCUUUUGGUUCAACGCGAAUCAUAUGAAAGAUUCGGCAAUAAAAGGCAACCAUGAAGAAACAAUCCCUAAAUGGAUUUCACCUGAUUGGAUUCGAAGCACAACGAAAGGAAUGACAAAACAGCCCAAAAAGAAGGAAGACCUGGAAUCCAGAGCAACUAAGCUGAAAACAAAGGUAGCCAAGAUGAGCACGGAGAUGACAAUGGGCUUUGAGGUAGUCUUCAGAGUUAUGGCAGAUAUUAAGAAAGACACUGCCACCCUCAAGCAUGGUACCCGUAACGACGGGGAAACGGCGGAGUGGAUCCGUAAGAUAUCAGAGCUAGCGGAAGGAGACCCAACGAUCAUCAGAGGAGACUUCAAUGCGCAACACCGCGAAUGGGGAUACGAGAUUAACGCCAAGAGAGGCAGAGACGUCUUAGAAGCCAUGCAAACCAACAACUUCGAGCUCUGCGAAGAACCGGGCGUUAAAACAAGGCUGGCUAAACAAAGAAAUCACAAAGACACCGCACCAGACCUUACUUUGGCCACGGCAAACCUCGAUCUUCAGUGGACUCCAUGGAAAGACACACACGGCAGCGACCACUACCCUAUUGAGAUAAAAAUCAAGCAUACAGGAGGAAAUAAUGCCAAGGAAUCAAGAACAUUCAUAAAAUGGGACAAAUUUCGUGAGAUACUCGAAGAGAGCUUCAAGCUGAAUGAGGACAUAGAAAAUGUCAUCCGCGAAGCUAUGAAGAAUGCCAAGACUCAAGUGCUCGACCAGUGGGUCCAAAAGUACGGUAAAGUCUUUGGGUUCUUCAUGGCCGAGCACCCUUACAUGGUUGUCGCGGACCUCGACCUGAUUCACCGGUGUUUCGUGAAAGAAUCGGCCACGUUCCAGGAUCGACCGCAGUACGUCAUCGACGUCGAACCCUUUACGAGCUGCCUGCUUUUCCUUCGAGGUGAAGAGUGGAAAAAGGUGCGCAACGUGCUGAAUCCCAGCUUCACCACGGGCAAGGUGAAACUCUGCUCUGAGAUUGUAAGCAGAUGCACCGAGGAACUUGUCAGGGUGCUGAAGACGCAUCACGAGCAAAGUGAGCCUGUCGAUUUGCUGCAAGUGGCGCAGGGUUACUCCUUGGACGCCAUCACUAAGAUUGCCAUGGCCUGGAAGGUCAACUGCCAACAGAAGACAGACGAUCCCCUACUUAUCGGAGUCAAGAGGCUGUUGGAGGACCUAGACAAGGCAGUUGUCGAAAGCUCACUAGCACUGCCCGGGAUAAGGGCGGUCCUCAAACUUCUCUACCCACUCACAAGCUUCAGCAAUCUCUUGAAUCGUAUAUCUGAAAACGUGCUGGACACAGUAAAGUCUCGACGUCAAGAUCAGAGUCUCCGGGAGAAGGACAUGCUACAGAUGAUGCUCGACGCCCAGGCCGGCACUGAAGACGCUGCUUACGAUGUUCACAAAAGCGGUCCGCUCAUCGAGGACCGUCAUCUCGUCUCCAACUCUAUCAUCCUUCUUCUCGCAGGCUUCGAGACCACGGCAGUGACACUGGGCUUUGCCCUAUAUCUUCUCGCCAUGCAUCCAGAAGAACAAGAGAGGGUUCACACCGAAAUGGAGGACCUGUUUUCGCACGCGAACGAACUGACAUUUGACGACGUCCAUCAGCUGAAGCGUUUAGACAUGGUGAUCCGCGAAACUCUUCGUUUGUACCCACCAGUUCCACUGCUGGUAGCUAGGACCUGUCUUCCGGACAAAACAGUCAUGGGUCAAUUCAUUCCAGCAGGAACCACGCUCAUCGCACCAGCUUGGCACAUCCACCGAAAUCCGGAAUACUGGCCCGAACCCUCUCGGUUCCUUCCAGAGAGGUUCGCCGAAGGCCAUCCGGAGCGCCAUCCUAUGGCGUACUUUCCCUUCGGGAUAGGGCCCAGGACAUGCAUCGGCAGGCGGCUCGCAUUGAUCGAACUUAAGAUGUCGAUCUGUAAGAUUCUACGCGACUUCAAGCUCGUACCGUGCGAGGAAUCCCAGUAUCCUGUCCCACUAGUGGUGCCUAACUUGACACUUCGCCCAGGUGUCGGCCUCAGGGUGAGACUGGAGAGGAGGCGAAAAUGUAAGGACUGAACACAUACCAUACAAACGAAUGUCUCCA